AUGUCAGUGUUCGAAAAUGAAGGAACGGCAGUGUGCCUCAAUACGAGUGAGGUUUCCGACCAAGUUCUCAGUGAGGUUGAUGAGGAUAUGUCUGGUGCAGAACGGGAUUUAGCAGAAGACGCGCAAUGGAAGAGAAUACAACAGAACACGUUUACGAGAUGGGCAAACGAACAUCUUAAAACUGUUAAUAAGCAUAUUCAAAAUUUAGAAACGGAUUUAUCCGACGGCUUGAACCUUAUAACACUUGUUGAAGUUUUGGCCGGAAGAAAACUUCCCAAACAUAAUAAAAAACCCAAUUUUAGAUCUCAAAAACUUGAAAAUGUUUCUGUGGCGCUUAAAUUUUUAGAAGAAGAUGAAGCUAUCAAAAUAGUUAAUAUAGAUUCUACAGACAUUAUUGACUGCAAGCUAAAAUUAAUUCUUGGACUAAUAUGGACGUUAAUUUUACAUUACUCAAUUUCCAUGCCCGUUUGGGAUGGGGAAGACGAUUUAACAAAUGGAGAAAAGGGAGCCACUCCAAAACAAAGACUCCUUCACUGGAUUCAAAGCAAAGUAAAUGAUUUGCCAAUAGGAAAUUUUACAACAGACUGGAAUGAUGGAAAAGCCGUUGGAGCUUUAGUAGAUUCUGUUGCUCCUGGACUUUGUCCAGAUUGGGAAGAUUGGGAUCCGAAAAAUUCGUUAAAUAAUGCAACGGAAGCCAUGAACUUAGCUGACGAUUGGUUAAACGUUCGUCAGUUAAUUAAGCCUGAAGAACUUGUAAAUCCAAACGUAGACGAAUUGUCAAUGAUGACUUAUUUAUCACAAUAUCCAAAUGCAAAAUUGAAAAGUGGAGCACCCUUGAGACCGAAAAGCGAUCCCCAUCGAGUUAGAGCUUACGGUCCUGGAAUAGAGCCUCGCGGAAACGUUGUUGGAACUCCUUGCAAUUUUACUGUAGAAACUUUUUCUGCCGGUAAAGGAAACGUUGAAGUUAUGGUUAUUAACUCUCAAGGCCAACAAGAACCUGUAAAUAUCAAGUAUAAUAACGACAGAAAUAUGACUUACAGUGUUUUUUACAUUCCUCAAAUGGAAGGUAAUUAUAAAAUUUUUGUGAAAUACGCGGGGAAAGAUAUAUCGAAAUCUCCGUUUCAAGUAUUUGUGGAAGAUGGACCGGGAGACGCGUCCAAAGUUACUGCAUUUGGACCAGGGCUUGAACCCGAAGGCAAUGUUGCGAAUCGAACGCUUCAUUUUGAUAUAUCCACCAAAGAUGCCAAAAAAGGUGUUCCCGAAGUUAUCAUUCUCGAUUCAGCAGGAGUAAAGAGCACUGUUCCAGCAAAAGUAUGGCAAGUUUCACCGGAGCUUUGGAGAUGUGAAUACACACCUCAUUCUGUCGGAUUGCAUUCCAUUAAUAUUUUAUUCGCCGGACAACCUAUUCCACAUAGUCCUUAUGGAGUUCGCAUAUCACCAGUUUCGGAUGCCAAAAAAGUUAGAGUAACUGGUAGAGGAGUUCAAGCUACGGGUGUUCGGGUGCAAGAUGUGGCUGAUUUCAAAAUCCAUAUGGAAAAAGCUGGAGAAGGUACUCCCGAAGUGCGGGUUAUAGGACCAGGCGGUGUUAACGAGCCGGUAAAAAUUCAAAAACUCGACAAAUUCACGUAUGAGGCGGCUUAUAAACCGAGGAAAGAAGGAAGACAUGUUGUUAUGAUAACUUUAGCGGAACAAGAAAUUCCUCGCUCUCCUUUUGAAGUUAAUGUUGGACCUUAUAAAGAAACUAAUAUUAAAGCUUACGGACCUGGAUUAUCAGGAGGUGUUGUCGGGUGCCCCGCACUUUUUACUGUUGAAACCAACGGGGAAACUGGAGCAUUAGGGUUUAGUAUCGAAGGCCCAUCUCAAGCAAAAAUAAAUUGUAAAGACAAUGGGGAUGGUUCUGCGGAUGUUUGCUAUUUUCCGACUGCUCCUGGUGAAUACGCCGUCCAUAUUCUUUGCGACAAUGAAGACAUCCCGAAAUCUCCUUACAUGUCUAAUAUUCUUCCCGCAGAAAAUUUUUACCCCGACAAAGUUGAAUGCAGUGGACAAGGAUUACAAGAAAAUGGAUUGAUUUCAGGACAAAAAACUAAUUUUAAAAUUGAUACGAGAAAAGCGGGAAAAGCUCCUCUUGACGUUGAAAUUUUAGACAAAAAGGGGGUUCCCAUAGAUUCUUUUAUAACCGAAAAUAACGAUGGUACUUAUACUUGCACAUAUACUCCGACGGAUUCUAAACACACUAUUCAGGUUAAUUACGGAGGAGUUGCUGUAAAAAAUAGUCCGUUUAGAAUUAACGUCGGUGAAGCAACAUUUAUUGACCGUAUACGAAUUUACGGACCUGGCGUAGAAAAAAACGUUAAAAGCAAUAAUCCCACUCAUUUCACUGUUGAUUGCAAAGAAGCUGGUGCAGGUGAUCUGCGAUUGUUCAUGGUGAAUGAAAACAAAAGCGAAGUGCCACUUAAGGUGACCGACGUGGGAAAUAAAAUUUAUGUCGUCGAAUAUUAUCCUUCCCUUCCCGGGAUUCACACACUUACUGCGUAUUACGGUAACGCACCAAUUUUACCAAAUCCAUUGAAAAUCCCAGUUUCUCCUCACGUGGAUCCGUCGGCAAUCAGAGUAGAUGAUUUCAAUAAAAGUAAGAUUUAUUUAUUACUCAUAUUUUUUUUUUUUUUGAAAUUUAAAAGGGAUAUAAUAGAACCAUGCGAUCAUUAUUUAGUUAACAUAUUAUAUUUAAAAAAAUUAAUCAUAAUCAGACGAUUAUUGGCCUGUGUGAGAGCAUCAGGCUUAGGCUUAAGUAGAGGAUUGGUGAGAUACCCCGCUGAAUUCAUAAUAGACACGAGGGGAGCCGGACAAGGAAGUCUUGGGGUAACCGUAGAAGGCCCCUGUGAAGCUGCCAUUAACUGCCGUGAUAACGGCGACGGAACGUGUUCGGUAGCUUACCUACCGACUGAAUCUGGAGAUUAUGUCGUUAACAUAACGUUUAAUAACGAGCACAUACAAGGAUCUCCCUUUCAAGCCAUUAUUUUAUCAGAUGACGAUAUCAAAGACAUUGAAGUCUCUGGAAAUGGAAUUCAGUAUGAGGGUGUGUAUGUUGAUUCACCGACAAAUUUUAUUAUCGAUUCUCGAGCUGUCAACUGUCAAACAGAUGGUAAAGUAACAUGUAAUAUAAUGAAUCCAUCGGGAAAAAAAACGGAAAACGUGAUUUCACCCAUGAUGGAUGGAAUAUAUAAAGUCAGUUACACUCCUUUUGAAGAAGGUGUUCACACAAUCGAUAUUUUAUACGAUGGAAUUCCAAUAUCCGGAUCUCCGUUUUUAGUAAACGUUCAACGGGAAUGCAGUCCUAAAAAAUGUCGAGCAUACGGACCGGGAUUGCAAAAAGGUGCCGGAACUGGUGGAUUAGGUUUGACAAUAGAAGGACCAUCGGAAGCUAAAGUAACGUGUAAAGACAACAGAGAUGGCUCUUGCACCGUGGAAUAUGUUCCCACCGAACCUGGAGAUUACGAUGUCAGCAUAAAAUUUUCCGAUCAACACAUUACGGGGUCGCCAUUUUCCGUCUCGAAUCAAGUAAUUGCAGGAGUCAAGUUCCUUCCACUUUUACCAUUGAUGCGUCUAAAGCAGGGAAAGCUCCUCUCGGGGUUGAUAUAUCCACAACUGAUGGUAAUAAUAAUAAUAAUAAUAAUAAUAUUUUUUUGCCCGUUAAAAUCUGAAAUUAAAGACAAUGAAGAUGGAACUUUUACAGUUUUUUAUGUUCCUCCCGCGGAAGGAGCAAAUAUUAGCGCAAGAGUUACUUACGAUCAUAAAGAUAUACCUAACAGUCCGUUUUAUUUAAAUGUUUUACCCACCGUGGAAACGGAUAAAGUAAAACUUAGAGGUCCAGGUAUUUCAAACAAAGGAAUUCCCGCAUCCGUUCCAACUGAUUUCACGAUUGAUGUAUCCGAUGCUGGAUAUGGAGAUUUACAAGUACAAGUUUUGGGACCGGAUGGAUAUCAAAAAAAAGUAAAAAUUUUGGAGGAAGGAAAUGGUAUAUUUAAAGCUACGUACACUCCGGACGAUUGUGGAAAGUAUAAAAUCAAUGUUAAAUAUGGCGGAAUGGAUUUGCCGGUUUCUCCAGUUAACGUUCAAGCAGUUGCUACGGGAAAUGCUGAAAAAUGUCAAAUCGUGGAAGGAAUUCAAAGAAAUUUAACGAGUGGCGAAGAAUAUUGCAUUACCGUCAAUGCUAAAAACGCCGGAUACGGAGCCGUGACGUGUAAAAUCCGUUCUUCUUCUGGAAGUGAUUUAGAUAUUGAUAUUGAAGAUAACGGAGAUGGAACGUUUAAAAUUUAUUACACGGUUCAAGAUGCUGGAGAAUAUACAAUAAGUAUUAAAUUUGGCGGUCAACCCAUUCCCGAUGGAUUUUACAGUUUUACGUUAUUAGAAGUCACGUGA